GGCCGAGAUGUUUUUAUACACCAGUCUCAGUACGAGGGAAGGAAGACCGGCGACCGCGUCACGUUCAAGGUGCAGGUGGUGAAGGGCCAGCCGCAGGCGCGCGACGUGGCGCUCAGCCAAGAAGCCGACGCGCCCACGGCGAGCAACCUGGCGAGCCCGGCCUUUGGACCAGCCGCUGCGCCAGCGGUGGCCGCGGCCGCGGUUGCGGCCGAGCUGCAGGGCCUGGAGGCUGUCACCCUCGGGCGGAAGCUGCAGAGGGCUUGUGCGUCGGCACGGGUGGAGUCGUCCGAGGUCAUGCAGGACCUCCUGCGCGCUGGCGCCAGCGCCAACGUGCCCGACGAGGCCACGGGCCAACUGCCGUUGCAGGUCUGCGCGCUUAACGUGCGGCAUGCAGAACGGAAGUGCCGCCUACUCGUUGAGCACCGCGCUGAUGUACAGGCCAUGUGCACCGAGACCCACACCGUGCUACAGUGGGCCAGGGAGCGGAUCAACCCGAAGUUCGCAGCGUUCCUCGAGGCGUUGCAGCGUGGCGAUUCGCGGGCCACCUCCGAGGAGGUCACGCUGGGCGGGGCCCCCCCCGAGGAGUUCUGAGCCGGCGGGGGCAGCCCUGUGGCGGACGGGCCAGGGGGCCGCGAGGCGGCGAGCCAGAUUGGCAUUCUCGCCAUCCUCGGCACCCUGCUCCCCCUUCCCCUUCCCCGCCCUGUCCCUCCGCCCUCCCCUCCCUGUCCCUUCCCUCCCCCUCCCCUUCCCCCGGUCCCCGCCCCCCCGUUCCCCCCCCCCUUCCCUCCUCCCUUUCCGCCUCCC